AUGGUCAUGAUGCAUUCGACGUCCGAGCUCCAGCUCCCUUCCUUCGCAUGCCCACCCACCGCAACACCGCCCGCCACGCACCAACACCCCCCGGAUGCGCCCGCCAUGAUGCCCACACGCCUUGCCGCCCGACGGCCGCUCUUCCACUGCCUCCACGCCCCGCCCCGCUCGCGCAACGCCUCGCACCACGCCCGCCACGAUGUCGACGCCAUCCUGCGCCACGCCCAGGGCCGCCCCAUGCCCGGCCGCGGCCUCAAGCCAGAGCUCGACACCGUCUCCAUCCACCGCGCCGAGGCCGUCAGGCUCAAGCAGCUCAAGACACGGCGCAACUGGCUCGCGCUCGGCGCCGCCGCCUCCAUGAUCGCCCCCAUCUUCCUGGUGAAGCUGUGGGACCUGCCCGACCUGGACAAAGACAACAAGGACCUGCAGGACGCCCAGGACGCCCAGGACGCCCAGGACGCCCAAAAGAGCAGAGGCAUCGUCGACAUGAUCAUGGGCCCACCCACCAAAACCGACAGCCCGCCCAAGGCCGCCGACGAGUUCCAGGGCAAGAGGGUCGUCAUCGCCGCCGGCGACAAGCUCAUUGCCGCCCCCGCCGAUGCAGAGAACCCGCAGGCCUCGGACCCCGACGCCAUCGAGCUCGUCGAGACGGGCACCUCGUACGUCCCCUACUUCCCGCGCACCAUCCGUCUGCCCAACACGUCCACCGCUGGCCCCGAGGCCAUCAGCAGCGAAUCCGAGUACCAGCUCCUCGGCCUCGGCAUCCGCAAGGUCUCCUUCCUGCGCGUCCAGGUCUACGUCGUCGGCCUCUACGUCAAGACGGCUGACCUCGCCACCCUGCAGAACCACCUCAUCAACACCGUCAACCCGUCCGCCUCGGCCCUCAUCCCCGGCGAGAAGGAGGACCUGCGCAGAGCCCUGCUCGACCCGGAGCGCAGCACCCACAUCUGGGAAGCCAUCCUGAGCCGCGACGGCAUCGGCGCCGUCGACAUGGCCUUCCGCGUCGUCCCCUGCCGCGGCACCGACUUCAAGCACCUGCAAGACGGCUGGAUGCGCGGCAUCGCCUCGCGCACAGACCAAGUCCGCCGCAAGCAGGCCGAGCUGCUGCGCCAGCAGGCCGCCGAAGCCAAGAGCAUCACCCUGCCCCAGCCCGUCGACGAGGGCGAGUUCGCCGACGAAUCCUUCGGCCUCGCCAUGAAGCACUUCAAGGCCCUCUUCACCGGCAAGGGCAAAGCGCCCAAGGGCAGCGUCAUCCUCCUCACGCGCGACAAAAAGGGCGCCCUCGCCGCCCUCUACCAGCCCCUCGUCCACGCCAACGGCACCGAGCACAUGGCCCAGACAGACUUCCUCGGUGAGGUCCUGGAUCCCAGGGUCAGCCGUCUGGUCUGGCUGAUGUACCUCGCCGGCCAAACCGUCAGCUCUGAGGAGGCCCGCAAGAACAUUGUCGACGGCUGCAUCGCCAUCACCGAGCGUCCCGUUGGCACGGUCGAGGGCAUGGUCCAGUGA